UGUAUUGCUAAUUCCUUAAAUCGAUGUUUUAUUUUAUGGUUGGGCAACGUUCUUCCGGUUUCCCUUCAUCCAGCAGAGCGAAAUGUUUUCAUUUUCUUUCUUUCUCUUUUAGGAGAUAAUUAUUAGGUUUUACUGACUUUUCUACAUCCAGCAUGGACGAAGACGCUCUCAAAAAGCUGGUUAAGCUCACACAGGACGGAGACCUCAACUCCGUGAAAAAACACAUGCAGACAUGCGGACUGAUGGACGCUUCCAGAGACAAACACUUCGGCAGGUCCGGCGACACUCUCGUGCACUACGCGGCCCGACACGGACACGUGGAUAUUUUAAAGUUUCUCAUCAAAGAAGUCGGCACCGACGUGGAAGUUUACAACAACGACUAUAAGCGGCCACUGCACGAAGCUGCUUCCAUGGGCCACCGAGCUUGUGUCAGCUACCUACUGCAGGAGGGAGCCCAAGUGGACUGUUUAAAGAAGGCAGAUUGGACCCCACUGAUGAUGGCCUGCACUCGGAGGAACCUGCACGUGAUCCGGGAGCUGCUGGAGCAUUCCGCCGACCCGUUCCUGAGAAACAAAGACGGCUGGAGCGCCUUCCACAUCGCCUGCAGGGAGGGCGACCCCCGGGUGGUCCGCUACCUCCUCGAAGUCGCCCCAGACGUGUGGAGAAGUGAGAGUAAGACGCGCAGGACACCUCUGCACACGUCGGCCAUGCACGGCCGGGAGGAGGUUGUUGCCAUCUUGCUUGAGAGUCAUUUUGAGCGUAACGCGUUGUCCAGAUGUGACUACACCCCGGACGACAAAGACAGCUGCGGAGUCACGCCUUUCGUGGACGCCGUGAGGAACGGGCACGUCUCGUUGGCCAGGCUUCUUUUGGAGAAACAUCAGGCAUCUCCAACUGCAGCCGACAUACUCGGGGUUCAGCCUGUGCACCAGGUGGCGAUCACUGGCCAAGAGGAGGCGCUGCGAUUCCUUGUGCGAGAACUCCAUGUUGAUGUGAACCAGGGGGCCACUGGCUUGCAGUUCACCUCCUUGCAUUACGCUGCCAAAGAAGGCCAUGUUUCCACCAUAAAGACGCUGCUAGACUUGGGAGCAGAUCUUCAUGUUCGGGACAAAAAAGGAAGAACAGCUCUCCACAUGGCUUCCAUGGGUCAACACGCAGAAGCUGCCAGGACACUGCUGCAGCUCGGGCUCGAAGAUUCCCAGGAUGCCUCUGGCACUAUGGCACGCCAACUUGCCAAAAAGCCCGACAUAAUGCAAGUUUUCAACUGCAUUUAAUCAAAUCCGAUAAAGAGCAUGAUAAUGCUAUCAUAAUAAAGAAAGAAACAUCAACAUUUGUCUUACUUUUUCCCUCUAAACUGGCUAACAUAUAUUUUGAAAUGUAGGGUGUAAAAGUGGUGAGGAAAAAAAAACAUUCAAAGAAAGUACAGAUACCUAAUAAAGAAUUUCGGCAUGUCUGCGAGCAUUGUUGUGUGCUCUGUCUGCAUGCAUUCCUACAGUUUUUUUU